AUGAAAAUUCCGAUUCUUCUCUUCGCCUUCCUCGGCCUCGUCCAAUCCCGCCAUCAAAACGCCACCACCAAUGAGACUAUCAUUCUCCAGAAGGCCGAACUGAUUCUGGAGAAAAUGGAUGAAGCGUUGGAGAGUCACGACUUCAAGGAGUUCCUUGCGAUGCAUGAUGAGAACUUUCACUUCAACUUCUGUCAAGUCAAUGGAAGUAGUGUGAAGGAUUUGGAGAGGGUGUUGAAGACGGAUCCGAAUAUGGCGAGGACGGUUACGAGUAAGCACACCGUCCAAACUUCAAUCUCCAGAAGCCCUGUUCGCAAUGUGGCCGACAACAAGUGGGAAUUCGAAUACGAAGAGCAUCUUCUGUUGAGAGACAAACAAGUCGUCCGAACCGAGGGAACCAUCAAUUUCCUUGAUUUGGAAGGAAAUCAUGUGAAAAUAGUUUCCGCUGAAGAGAAGUGUCCUGAGAAGGUGUUCGACUAA